UGCCUUUAUCCAGCCAAUGAAGUCGUCUGAAAUAGUGCAGUGAGAACAUCUCGACCCACUCAACUCCAGUGAAGUUCUGUCAGAGAAACUCGGCGCUGGCGGAGACGGAGUGGAGUUUCUUCUGGACCCGUCGUCAGUUUGAAUGAGACCAACCAUGGCGCCCAGUCAGGGUUCCAGGAUGCUCAGUAAAGAUGAUGCCAAUUAUAAACUUCACUUUCGGAUGAUAAACGAGCAACAGGUGGAGGAUAUCACCAUUGAUUUCUUCUACAAACCGCACACCAUUACUUUACUGACGGUCACUGUCUUCAGCAUAAUGUACUUUGCGUUUACGAGGGAUGAUGGUGAUUCUGAUAAUAACCUUCGUGUGGGUCUGCUGCUGGUCAGCUCUUUCUUUCUUGUUAUCAGUGUUCUUGCCUUCCCCAACGGUCCUUUCACAAGACCGCAUCCCGCUAUAUGGCGCAUGGUUUUUGGUGAGCGUUUUCUUGUGUGUUUACGUAUCAGUGGCUAUGUUGACUCAACCUCCAACGCCUUGAUCUGUUGGCACUUUGCAGGUCUCAGUGUCCUUUACUUCCUCUUCCUGGUGUUCCUCAUCUUCCUGAACUGGGAUCAGGUGAAGGCGCUGUUGUAUUGGCUGGACCCCGAUCUACGUUAUGCUACACGAGAAGCAGAUGUCAUGGAGUAUGCAGUAAACUGUCACGUGAUCACAUGGGAACGCAUCCUGAGUCACUUUGACAUUUUUGCCUUUGGUCAUUUUUGGGGCUGGGCAAUGAAAGCUCUUCUCAUCCGCAGCUACGGUCUCUGCUGGUCUAUCAGCAUCACAUGGGAGCUCACAGAGUUGUUCUUCAUGCACCUCCUGCCAAACUUUGCAGAAUGCUGGUGGGAUCAAGUCAUUCUUGACAUCCUGUUGUGCAACGGAGGGGGCAUUUGUCUUGGGAUGACUGUGUGUCGCUUUUUAGAGAUGCGUACCUACCACUGGGCCAGUAUCAAGGAUAUCCACACAACCACAGGCAAGCUGAAACGGGCUGUUUUGCAGUUCACUCCGGCCAGCUGGACGUAUGUGCGCUGGUUUGACCCCAAAUCCUCUUUUCAGAGGGUGGCUGGAAUCUACCUCUUCAUGAUAGUAUGGCAGCUCACGGAAUUGAACACCUUUUUCCUGAAGCAUAUCUUCGUAUUCCAGGCCUCUCAUCCUCUCAGCUGGUGCCGGAUCCUCUUCAUUGGGAUCAUCACUGCCCCCACUGUGAGGCAAUACUACGCAUAUCUAACAGACACCCAAUGCAAAAGAGUUGGAACACAGUGUUGGGUGUUUGGGGCCAUUGCUUUCCUGGAGGCCCUGGCUUGUAUCAAAUUUGGACAAGACUUGUUCUCUAAAACACAGGUUCUUUAUGUUGUCCUUUGGCUUUUGUGUUUGGCUUUCAUUACUUUUCUCUGUCUAUACGGUAUGGUUUGGUAUGAGCAGAAUUAUGGGAAGAAGCUGAAGUACAUUGCAGAUUGUGAUGACAGCAUCCAUACUGACCCAUACGACUGCUUUCCUAAAACUGCCAAAGCAGAGAGAAACUCCAGUAGUUAUUCCACUUCAUCACGGAGAAGAAAAGGAGGCUCUGGAAAAAACAAAACAAUCAAUGGAACAAGCAGCAAAAAGUGACCGCAGCUACAGACCACAAGGUCUUUAAGGGGCCACAAUGGGUGAAAGAAAGAACCUGUGGAAACGGUUGAAGAGAGGAAAAGCAGUUAACUGGGUGACAGUGUGCAGACACAAGAAGAGGUUCUAUAAACAGAGGACACAUUCCAAACCACAAAGCCUCUGUCUUUGCAAUGCACUGUUGUACACUAGUUCUCAUUUUCAUAGCACUUGGAAGGAAACAAUGAUUUGUGGUAUGCACACUUUCCAGUGGCACUGAUAUAGCUUUUAUACGUCGGAAGCGUCUGAGCCAGUGAAUGUUUUGUGAUGGCCCUCCUAAUGAAAGGAACUUAAUAAUGCUGCCAGGCUUUCUGUAAAAGGUUAUGGGAGCAUUAUUCAACUUAUAUCUUAUUACCAGUGUUGUUAAUUCAGACCAAGCCCUCUCUUAAAUUUUGCACAUGGUUCUCCACUUGACCUGUAAUCAGUGAUUGUUUUGCUGACAUACCUAUGCAUUGAUCAGGGUAAGAAAUUGUAUGCAACAUUUCAUUGUGAGCUUAAAAACAAGCUCUACAUUUGUGAAAAACCUUUAAGCACUUGUUUUAAUGCACUAUGAUCUUGGCACAAAUGUUCUAUUCUCAUAAUCGUUUUUCAGUCUUUUUAUAUUUGCACUUUUAAAGUAAAACUGGAGAGAGGUUGAAGUAGAGGCAGGUCAUGACCUUUUGGAUUAGGAGCUGUUGAUUUACUUAAAUGUAAUAUGAUUCAGCUUUUUUUUGGCGACAUUAAGAUAAUUAGAACCUUUAGAAAUGAUGACAAUCUGUAUGUUGUCUUUUUUUUAUGUACUUUUGUUGUUUUGCUUUGCAUGUUAACUUUUGUGGUAAGAUUUAUUCCUCUGUUAAUAUGUGUGGGCAUGUGCAUACAUGGUUUUACACCAAUAAUAUUUUCUGUGUGAGGCCUUUAAAUGAUUAUACAUUUCUACGUGACAUUUUUGAAAUAGUAAUUUUUGUAAAACCUACAGUUUUUUUUUUUUUUUUUUUGAGUUAAUACUAAAUGGUAGCAUAUUCUUACAUUAAGGUACUAUCACAUUUUGUCUUAUUUCCUAGUUUUUUACAUUUAAUUUGUAAUGGAUUGUUGUGCAAUACCCAAGUUGUUAGUUAUACAGAAUUUAAUAUUUUACCCUGGAAAAAUAUCAAAGCCUAUAAUAACUGUUAAGAAUUUGAGUGAUGAAUUUUGUAUGGAUCUGCAAUUCUUAAGGUGACGAAAGAGAAUGCAAAAAUUUGAUGUCACAGCAAUGAUUCUGCCACAACAGUGUUGUCAUUUCAAAUUAUUUCAGACCUUUAAUGUGAUAAUAGGAGAAAUGAGGUGUGACCAUUUUGUUUGAGAUUUUUAUCAGUGUAUGAAUGAAUGGUUAAACUUGCCACAGAUGUGAACCCCCUCAGGGGGAUGUUCUUUUCACUUUCUUAACACACUUAUACUGUAUUGUUUAGUAAAAAUUUCAAAUAAAAUCCUGAAUUGAAGUCUCUAA